CGUCGCCGUUUCCGGCGCGCCCCGGACGCGGCCAUGGCGGAGCUGGCGGCGGCGGACGAGCUCGCCAAGCUCGAGUAUCUGUCGCUGGUCUCCAAGGUCUGCACCGAGCUCGACAAUCACCUGGGCAUCAACGACAAGGACCUGGCCGAGUUUGUGAUAAGCCUUGCCGAGAAAAAUACCACGUUUGACACAUUUAAAGCAAUUCUUCUGAAGAAUGGUGCUGAGUUCACUGAUUCUCUCAUUAGUAACUUGCUACGUCUCAUACAGACAAUGCGGCCUCCACCAAAACCUUCUACGAGCAAAGAGGCAGCUGUCAAACCCAAAUCAGAGAAAGAAAAGUUGAGGGAAUUGUAUCCAGCCCUUUGCAGGCCAGACAACCCCAACAUCAGGAAUAUGCUGGAUGAAGACGAUGUGAAAGUGGCAGCUGACGCCCUGAAAGAGCUCGAAGCUCUGAUGCCGAGUGCAGACAGGCAGGGCAAGCAGAGGAGCAGCGACCAUCGGGCGAAGAAAAGGAAGAGGAGCCGAAGUCGUAGCAGGGACAGGAAGCGAAGGCACAGGUCUCGCUCCAGGUCUUGUUCCAGGACUUGGGAUAAGAACAGGGGGAAAUCCAGAUACCGGUCAAGGAGCAGAAGUUGGAGUCCCAGCAAGGACCGCAGGGAUCGAGAAAAGUACAGUGAGAAGAGCCAUGAGAGGUGGAGAGACAAGCACAUAGACCGUCCACCAGCUGAGGAGCCUUCCAUUGGAGACAUCUACAACGGCAAAGUCACGAGUAUAAUGCAGUUUGGAUGCUUUGUGCAGCUGGAAGGACUGAGGAAACGUUGGGAAGGCUUGGUCCACAUCUCAGAGCUGCGAAGAGAAGGACGGGUUGCCAAUGUUGCUGAUGUUGUGAGCAAAGGACAAAGAGUGAAAGUCAAAGUGUUAUCCUUUACAGGAUCCAAAACCAGCCUGAGCAUGAAGGAUGUUGAUCAAGACACUGGAGAAGACUUGAACCCAAACCGCAGAAGGAACCUGGUUGGAGAAAUCAAUGAGGAGACCUCUAUGAGGAACCCGGACAGACCCAGUCACUUGUCCCUGGUGAACGCCCCGGAGGUGGAGGACGACAGCCUGGAACGGAAACGCCUCACUCGCAUUUCAGACCCAGAGAAAUGGGAAAUAAAACAGAUGAUUGCAGCUAAUGUGCUUUCCAAGGAAGAGUUUCCUGACUUUGAUGAGGAGACUGGGAUUCUUCCUAAAGUCGAUGAUGAAGAAGAUGAAGAUCUUGAGAUUGAGCUAGUUGAAGAAGAGCCACCGUUUCUUCGAGGUCACACUAAACAGAGCAUGGAUAUGAGUCCCAUUAAAAUAGUAAAGAAUCCAGAUGGUUCCUUGUCCCAGGCUGCAAUGAUGCAAAGUGCUUUAGCUAAAGAGAGGCGAGAACUUAAACAAGCCCAGAGAGAAGCAGAGAUGGAUUCUAUCCCCAUGGGCCUCAACACACACUGGGUGGAUCCUCUCCCUGAUGUGGAUGGAAGACAAAUAGCUGCAAACAUGCGAGGUAUUGGGAUGAUGCCAAAUGAUAUCCCAGAGUGGAAGAAACAUGCAUUUGGUGGCAACAAAGCUUCUUAUGGUAAGAAGACCCAGCUUUCCAUCAUUGAACAGAGAGAGAGUCUCCCAAUCUUCAGACUGAAGGAGCAGCUGAUACAAGCUGUGCAUGACAACCAGAUUCUGAUUGUUAUUGGAGAGACAGGAUCUGGGAAAACAACACAGAUUACCCAAUACCUGGCUGAGGCAGGAUACACCUCAAGAGGAAAGAUUGGAUGUACUCAGCCUCGCAGAGUGGCUGCCAUGUCUGUUGCAAAGAGGGUGUCAGAGGAAUUUGGUUGCUGCUUGGGACAAGAGGUUGGCUACACCAUUCGGUUUGAAGACUGCACCAGCCCUGAAACUGUCAUCAAAUACAUGACAGAUGGGAUGUUACUGAGGGAGUGCUUGAUAGAUCCAGAUCUGACCCAGUAUGCCAUUAUCAUGCUGGAUGAAGCCCAUGAGAGGACCAUACACACAGAUGUGCUCUUUGGGCUCCUGAAGAAGACAGUGCAGAAGCGGCAGGACAUGAAGCUGAUAGUGACGUCAGCAACGCUGGAUGCUGUGAAGUUCUCUCAGUAUUUCUAUGAAGCACCAAUCUUCACAAUUCCUGGCAGAACAUACCCAGUAGAAAUUCUGUACACAAAAGAGCCAGAGACAGAUUAUUUGGAUGCCAGUCUGAUUACAGUAAUGCAGAUCCAUUUAACAGAGCCACCAGGUGACAUUUUGGUCUUUCUAACUGGCCAGGAAGAGAUUGACACUGCCUGUGAAAUCCUCUAUGAAAGGAUGAAAUCUCUAGGACCUGAUGUUCCAGAGUUAAUUAUCCUACCAGUAUAUUCAGCUUUACCCAGUGAAAUGCAGACCAGGAUCUUUGACCCAGCCCCACCAGGGAGCAGAAAGGUUGUCAUUGCCACCAACAUUGCAGAGACAUCUUUGACUAUUGAUGGGAUAUAUUAUGUGGUCGAUCCUGGCUUUGUGAAGCAGAAAGUUUAUAACUCCAAGACUGGAAUUGACCAGCUGGUGGUGACACCGAUUUCACAGGCUCAAGCCAAGCAGCGGGCAGGAAGGGCUGGGAGAACAGGCCCAGGAAAAUGCUACAGGUUAUACACAGAACGUGCGUAUCGAGAUGAGAUGCUAACCACCAAUGUGCCUGAAAUCCAGAGAACAAAUUUGGCCAGUACAGUGCUUUCCCUGAAGGCUAUGGGCAUCAACGAUUUGCUGUCUUUUGACUUCAUGGAUGCUCCCCCCAUGGAAACUCUCAUAACUGCCAUGGAGCAGCUCUACACCCUGGGAGCUCUGGAUGAUGAGGGACUGCUCACUCGACUUGGGCGCAGGAUGGCAGAAUUCCCCUUGGAGCCUAUGCUGUGUAAGAUGUUGAUCAUGUCUGUACAUCUGGGAUGCAGCGAGGAGAUGUUGACGAUUGUCUCCAUGCUGUCAGUGCAGAAUGUAUUCUACAGGCCCAAGGAUAAACAAGCACUUGCUGAUCAAAAGAAAGCAAAGUUCCAUCAAACAGAAGGUGACCACCUCACCCUGCUGGCUGUGUACAAUUCCUGGAAGAAUAAUAAAUUUUCAAAUCCCUGGUGCUAUGAAAAUUUUAUCCAGGCCCGAUCCUUACGCCGGGCACAAGACAUUCGCAAGCAGAUGUUGGGCAUUAUGGACAGGCAUAAGCUGGAUGUGGUAUCCUGUGGGAAGGCAACAGUUCGUGUCCAGAAGGCCAUUUGUAGUGGUUUCUUCCGGAAUGCAGCAAAGAAGGAUCCCCAGGAAGGUUAUCGGACACUCAUUGACCAGCAGGUGGUCUAUAUCCACCCAUCCAGUGCCCUCUUCAACAGGCAGCCAGAAUGGGUGGUGUAUCACGAACUGGUGCUGACCACCAAGGAAUACAUGCGUGAGGUGACCACCAUCGAUCCUCGCUGGCUGGUGGAGUUUGCACCAGCUUUCUUCAAGGUUUCUGAUCCAACCAAGCUGAGCAAGCAGAAGAAGCAGCAGCGGCUGGAGCCCCUCUACAACCGCUACGAGGAGCCCAAUGCCUGGAGGAUAUCGCGCGCGUUCCGGCGGCGAUGAGCUUGGCUUCCUCCUGGACUCUGGCUGGUUUCAUAUUUGUGGGACUGGGACUUUUGCACUGUUGCCAGUGUCCUGGGAGGCAGACAUUCCCAUGAAGCUCACCUGUGCAAUGAGCAGGUAGUCAGCCUUGGCAGAACAGGAGCUCAAGGGGCACCCCAGCUGUGGCACAGAUGUGCUGCGGCUCCCCAGGCCGCUGCAGCCUCUCAGAAGUGGGUCCUGGAGCACUUCAGUGAUUCCCCUUUUAGGAGACAAAAUCUAAGACUUGGAAGUCUGGGUACUGAGCUGAACAACACAAAGAAAUAGUGAUUUAAAACUGGUUUUUCACCAACCUGACUGUUCUGAGUGGCCAGACAAAGAGAAGCUGGAAUAGUUUGUGGUUUUACCCUGGUAAAAGGGAUUUAUUUCUACUUACGUUCUUGGACAGUGACUGUUUUUUUGGGAGCAGCCUUUUCUCUAUUUUAUCAAGUUUAUGCAUUUUCCCAUUCAAUGUAACUAUUUGUCUUUUAUUUAAGCCAUCUGUGCUGAGAUAUUUAGUAUCUCUGGCUUUAGGAUAAGGCAGGAAAAAUUCUAGGAACCCAGCUAGAAUAUCUGUUAUAUUUGGACAAUGGCACAGGUCAGACUGCAAGCCUUACCCUUCAUCCCCAUCUCCUGGGUGCUGAAGGGUUUAUCAAACAGUAGUUACCACAUCCCCUCUGGAGCACAGUUCCAUCUGAAAAUGUAAGUGGUUACAGAUGUUUAGACCUUCUAUACAAUGUGACAUGUGCUUUAUUUUCACUUACAAUGUUUGGUGACAUUACAGCUGUUGGGUUUUUGUAAUAGAACAAGCUCUUACAGCUAAAAUGUCUGUAAAAGUUGUGUAACAGUUUCUUGUUUUAAAAAUAAGUUGACUGCCCAGUGUGUGCUGUCAUGCCCAAACUAUCUGUAUUUUUUUUAAUUGCUAACAGAUGAAACUUACUUGAUUCCAUAGCUGAGAAACCUUAUUGUUUUUUCUUUUGCUAAAAUUAUUGUUGGAAUGGAGAGAAUUAGGUUGACUGGUUGUUUUACACAGUGAAUUUGAAGAAUGUUUCACACUGAAAAGUAACUACAUUGGAAAUGCCUGUACAAAGAUGAGCAGGGAUGUUGUUAAAUGUCCUGAGCUUUCCCUCAUGUUAUAUCAUCAUAAAAUUAAAGGGAAUUACAAAGUU